CAGUACUGACAGUUUCUUUAAGAUUAAAAUUUGGGUUAAAUUGUUUAACAUUAAAAAAUAUAAAAAAAUAACAGAAAUGAAAAUAAAUAAACGUGGACAUGUGUUAAUCUAUUUAUAAUUUUGAGUCAGAGGAAAUAGAAACAAAAAAGUUUUAUUUAAUUUUGCAUUUUAAAUUUACUAUGGAAGCAAUAUUUCAUGAAAAGCAAGAGGGUUCUCUAUGUGCACAACACUGCUUGAAUUCAUUAUUACAAGGAUCAUAUUUUACAGCUGUAGAUCUAAGUACUUUAGCCGAAAAGUUAGAUGAUGAAGAAAGACAACGGAUGGCAGAAUGUGGCGAAGAAAGCGAAGAAUAUCACAAAUUUCUUCAGCAGCCUUCAGGAAAUAUGGAUGAUAGUGGAUACUUUUCUGUACAAGUAAUUAGUAGUGCCCUUCAAGUAUGGAAUUUAGAAUUAGUGCCUUACUCUAGUACAGACCAAAGACUUAACAGUGAUCCAAGCAAAAUGACAGCUUUCAUAUGUAACUUCAGAGAUCAUUGGUUUACUAUACGAAAAAUUAGUAAUUAUUGGUUUAAUCUUAACUCUCUUCUCUCCAGACCAGAACUUAUUUCUGAUACUUAUCUUGCUUUGUUUCUAGCCCAAUUAAAGAAUGAUAGUUAUUCUAUAUUUGCUGUACUUGGAGAACUGCCCCAAUGCACUGCCGAAGAAGCAUUAAAAAAUAAAUCAAUUGUACAUGAUCCUAUACCCAGACCUCCAUUACGAAAUAUUUCUUCAAAUGAAAGUGAUCCCGACCUGAGAGCAGCGCUGGAAUUAAGCAUUGCGGAUGAAAUUAAUUUUAUUUCUCAAACUCAAGAAUCUGAGGAUAAUGACCUUCCAGAAGCUUUAAGGUUAAGUAUGCAAGGUUUUGCGACAACUUCCGAAGAAGACGAUGAAGAAACGCUCUUAAGAAAAGCCAUUAAUAUGAGUUUACAGUGUUAGUUAUGGUUAAUUUGAUUGUGACGAUAUGUUCUGUAAA